GCUCUUCCACUGCCUGUUACGAUGCCUGCUCUACUGGAGAGACCAAAGCUGUCCAAUGCGAUGGCCAGAGCCCUUCAUAAGCAGAUCAUGAAAGAGAGAGAGAGGAAAAGACAAGAAGAGGAAGAAGUGGAUAAGAUGAUGGAACAAAAAUUGAAAGAAGAGGAGGAAAGGAAACGAACUAAAGAAAUAGAGGAGCGAAUGUCUUUGGAAGAAACUAAAGAACAGGUUCAAAAAAUGGGGGAAAAAUUGCAGGUUUUGCAAGAGGAGAAACAUCAGCUCUUCUUACAGCUUAAAAAAGUGCUUCAUGAGGAGGAAAAGCGUCGAAGAAAGGAGCAAAGUGAUAUCACAACACUGCCCUCAGCCAAUUACCAGCCCAGCUUACCUCUGCACUCAGGACAGCAUCUACUCUGCAUACAAGGCAGUCCAGUGGGUCACAAUAGAGCUGGUGCUAUAUUAGGGGAGCGCAGUAAACAGUUAUUUCAGACACCUGUGAUGCCUGGCCAUCAUUUCCCUAGCCAACCAGGUUUUCCCCCUGGUUCCUCUGAGCAUGGGCAGUUCUCAAGUAGCACUGCAGUCCAUGAGUCAUUUGCUGUCACUCAGGCCCAGCAUCACACCUCUUAUGCACCUGCUGUUUCUGUGCCCAUCAGUUUUGCAGGCACCACCCAGAUAAGAGGUAACAGUUCACCAUUCCAGAGCAUGCCAUUCCUGGCUCAAGGUUAUGCUGUCUACAGCCAUUUUACCACCCAGCCAGGAUUCAUCCCUAGUCCUAGUAUCCCCCUCCAGAAACAGCUUGAACAUGCCAACCAGCAGUCUGGCUUUACUGACUCAGGUGCUCUUAGACCCAUCCAUCCACAGGCUUUACAUGUGAGUGCAACCGGUCUGAUGCCCACUCCAUCCAUGGCUGUCCAGAUCCCUGCUGCCAAGGCUCCAUUCCAGAAUUCAUCUCAACCAGCAUCACGGCAUGCUUUCCUCCCUCACACUGGACAGAGAUUCUUCCACCAUGGAAAAACUCAUUAACUUCUAAAAGUAUGAUCUUGACAAGCACCAGGCUACAUAAAACUCUCUUCUGAGGCUCACCUUAGAGCAGGGGUAGGCAACGUUGGUCCUGCAAAGUUUAGCUCUAACCCUAAUCAAACCCACCUGAACAAGCUAAUCAAGGUCUUCAUUAUUACUAUGGCUGCGUUUACACUUGGCAUUAACAUUCGACCUGUAUCCGGAUGUUGUCCACAUACACAUUGAAAAAACAAAUCUAAAUGCACUUCUGAUCGGAAUGUUAUCCGAUCAGCAUGUCCUGGUCCAGAGGUAGUCGAGGACGCAUUGUGAUCGGUUCUCAGUGUAAUGUAAAUGCAAUCCAGCCAUUAUGUCUGCAUUUGCAGGUGGAUGUCACGCAAAACCCCGCCCCCUCUCUCGUGAACGGUAAAAAAAAAAGAUGGAGAACCACCGUGUGGACACUAGUGAGACUCCUACACUUCUCUUUGAUUUGUAAAAUGUCCCACGACUGAAAAUGCUUUUCAAAAGAAAACAUACCACUUCAAGUUGACUUUGCACAGGGCCAUUCUCUGCACUUAUUUAAAUAUUGCACGGGAAAGAUAGAUCCGAUAGGUUAUCCAGAUAGAAAAGUCAGUUGAUGUUGCCAAAUGUAAACUCGCCAUGUUCUGAUUGACUGAUGAUCCAAUCUGCUUGAUCGUAUCACGGUGACCGCAUGUUAAUGCCAAAUGUAAACACAGCAUAAGUCUACAGACAAGUUUUUUUUCAGGGGUUGGAGCUAAACUCUGCAGGACAUCGGCACUCCAGGACUUGCGUUGCCUAUCCCUGCAUUAGAGAGCUGAAUGCCCCUUCAUUUUUUUUACAUUGUAAUAAAUGUCCCAUGCAGCAAAUAUUGCUGGUUUAUAAAUGUUGUUAAUAAAUAAUAUGGAAAUGGUCUUACACUUGAAUCUAAGAAAAUAUGUCAUGGUUUUCUGAUGGUUAAAAAGAAAAAUAAAACAGGUGAAACAUUGUCAGUGGAUUCACAUGUUCCUUGUAAAAAAAAAAAAAAAUAAAUCACUGUCUUUGUAUUUUA